AUGGCGAACGACGAGUACGACUUUCUCUUCAAGGUCGUUUUGAUCGGAGACUCAGGCGUCGGCAAGUCGAACUUGUUGAGUCGCUUUACUCGCAACGAAUUCAAUCUAGAUUCCAAAUCUACCAUCGGUGUUGAAUUCGCAACCCGAUCCAUCCAAGUUGAUACCAAGACGAUCAAGGCACAGAUUUGGGACACCGCGGGGCAGGAGAGAUAUCGUGCCAUCACGUCUGCCUACUACCGAGGAGCAGUCGGUGCCCUCCUCGUCUACGAUAUCAGCAAGCAUCAAACCUACGACAACGUUACAAGGUGGUUGAAAGAGCUGCGGGAUCAUGCGGAUGCCAAUAUUGUUAUCAUGCUGGUCGGAAACAAGAGUGAUCUGCGGCAUCUACGCGCUGUUCCUACAGAAGAAGCCAAACAAUUUGCCAGUGAAAACAAUCUCUCAUUUAUUGAGACCUCAGCUCUGGAUGCAAGCAACGUCGAACUGGCAUUUCAGAACAUCCUGACAGAAAUCUACCGGAUCGUCUCGAGUAAGGCCCUCGACAGUGGCGAUGCAGCCCAGGCACCAACAGGCGGUGUGAAGAUUGACAUGACUCCCUCUGGGGCACCCGAUGCCAAGGGCAACAAGUGCUGUUAG